GGUUUGCAUCACGUGAGCACAACCUUACGGAAGAACUCAACGGAAAUGGCAGGACCGAGGUGCGCGAGUGAAGUGCGACCAGCGGCUUUUAUCGCCGUUUUCUGGGCUUUUUUCGCUACGGGGAGCUCCACUGCUCAAGUGCCACUUCUAAUAUGGUCCAGUGACGGUUUACCACCACUGGCCGUACCUGCAGCUGGUCACAUCACAUCCCAUGACCAGUUGACUUCCUAUCUCACUGCUGCCUUCGGCCACAGCCCCCACACUGUGCUACUGUUUCUGCAGGACAAGUUGAGCAAAGAUGACUUCACAGUCUUUGGUGGAGUGUUUGGAAACAAACAGGACAGUGCCUUUAAAAAUCUCGAGGCUGCACUUCAGUCCUCUUCGUCGUCAGUCACACUUCCAGCCUUGGAGUGGUCGGGCUCCUCUGCCAUCUUGACUCUGUUGCAAGAGAAACUUGGUGUCUCACCUCUGCUUGUAGACGCUGACACUCUGUCACACCUGAGCAUCAACACGUCUGUCAGCAACCUACUGCUCAUCAACCUUCCUUAUUGUACUGGCUCGCACAAGUCUUGCAUGGAAGUCCUGCACAACAACGAUGAGAUUAUUGGGAAAGUUCUUAAUAUCAUGAAAGCCAAAAAUGUCCAGUACACUGCGAUAUACACAGGACUUCAGCCAUCACGAGUAAUCCCAGAGACAUCUGUGUCUGACCAGUCUGUGGGCCGGUCCUUGCUCCAAGCGGCUGACACUGUCAGAGAGCCCAUCAUGUUUAAUGUAUCUGGUGCCCCUUGCAUAAUGCUCUGGGCUCAGAAUCUCAAUGUCAAACUCUCAGAUGCUUCAGCAUGGAUUGACCUCGCUCAGCAAACACCUUCCUUGGAAGGAUCCAUUUGUAACGGCAGUAACUCACAGCUUGUCCUCACUUACACAUCAGGCUUAACACUAAGUUUUGCCAUGACUCGGCGGUUCUAUCGUGUGUCUGCACGGAACUGGUUCACCCUGGACUCUGUGCAGCUGCAGUCCAACGGUCUAACUGCAUCUUACACCGGGAGCCGCGGCAUCUACGCCCCUGCAGAGUACUCCUUCCACUGCCAGUCCGUCACCAACUUCCAAAACGCUCUGCUGGUACCAAACAACACCAACCAAAACACAUCCCAGUGGAAGCUCAAUUUUACUGACUUCCAGAUUCAGGGCUUUGGUUUGGCAAAUGGGACGAAUUUCUCCUACGCCAGUGACUGUGCAGGGUUCUUCACGGCAGGGAUUUGGAUGGGGCUGCUGACCUCGCUGCUCAUGCUGUUAAUUUUCGUGUAUGGUCUGCACAUGAUCAUGCAGCUAAACACUAUGGAUCGAUUUGACGACCCCAAAGGUCCGUCGAUUUCAGUGCCACAGUCGGAGUGAAGCACUACUAACACACACAUGCACACACACUCCUUCAGUGCCACUCUUUCAGUGCCUCCUAGUAAUGGUGGACCUAGGAGAGUCCGUCUUUGCCGUAUAGCUUUUGUGUGAUAUUUGUCAGGCAGAUCGUCUUUUCCUCUCACAUUCUUUCCUAUAGUUUUCUUUCCUGAAUCCUUCCACAGCUGUAUUUGUGAUGAUCUUGCAGGGCACAUUCCAUUUCAUCUCCCCACAUUUUCAAGUGCCAAAAUGGAUGCACCUUUAGCUUCAUCUUAGUCGAUUUUUAGUGUGUGUGCCAAACUAAAAGGUGUUUUUGUGCCACUGACGGCCAGACACUGGAUUUUUCUCCCUAAGAUAAUUUGCACUCUUACCAGAGAGUGCCUUCUGUGCCAACAUGAAUGUGAUCGCUGGAUGCUGUAGGACCUUUUCAGACCUCAAAUCUUACUUUUUUAUUAUUCCAGCUUAACUGUAAUUUAAAGACUACUGGUAAUGAAAGAAGUGCCUGUAUAUAAAAUUUGAUUGUGAAAUGUGUGAAAUUUCUGAAAUGUUGCUGUUGCCUUACAGAAGUAUGCUAAAGCUUCCACUUUUCACUCAUGGUUAAAUCACAGUCGUACCCCGCUGCAGUCCCAUGUUUUCUUGCCAGGUAAUUUAUUUAUAUAUAAAAAAGACUCUGCUUAAUGUUUACUCUUUACAUCAGGUUCAUCAAUGAACUUAAUGACAGUGCCUCGGUUCUGCUUUUGUCAAAGGUAUUGAUGUGCAAUUGCCAUGACAUGUACAGUACAUUGUCUUUAAUUGAGAAUAAAGAUAUCUAUUAAUUAU